AAGAGCAGCUGGGGGCCAGGAGCUGGAGGAAGGGAUGCCCGUGACCUAGGGGGCGGAAAUUGGGGGAGAGGACCCCAAGAUGCCGGGCUGUGGCUCGGUGCGGACACCUGGGACCUCUGAGGGCCCGGGGUCCCGGAUCUCUAGGGCCUGGUGAGGGUGGGGAAGAGGCUGCACACCGGGGUCUCCAUAACUCGGAUCCCCGCCCCUCCUCCUCCUCCUUCCCCGGCUCUCAGCAGCCGAAGCCGCGGAGCAUGCGCGGUGGACAAGCCGGACUUCUGGACCCUUUCUCUAGCCCCUUCCUAGCUCCGCCCCCUUGGUUUCCUAAAACUGCUAAAUAGAGCGUUAACUGGCACCAGAAUGGGGUGGGGUCCAAGCCGCCCCUGUCCCAUUCCCGAAGCUGCGGGGGAUGGGGGGCACCAUGGCUGAAGCCCGCCAGGCAGCGACCUUCCGCCUAGACCUGGGCCAGGGGACUCCCGGGCGGAGGUGGUGGAAUCCAGCCUUGAAAGAGGUCGGCAGCGCCGGGCUGCGCUCCUGGAGGCGGAGCCUGGCCCAGUGCAAGGAUGACAUCUUAUCCGGAGCUUGCCCGGCUGGCUUGGCCAGCGGCCUCUUCCUCUUCGCUGCCAUCCAGGGCUCACGAUUCAUGCAGCUGGACCCAUCUUUGGGGCUGGUGGACUGGAUCAAGGCCAGCCUCCCAGACUGGGGUGUGCGCUGGCUCCCAGGCUUCCAAGGGGCUGUGGCGGCCACCAUCUUCGCCGGGGGCCUCUGGACGGCCCUGCUGCUGACCCUGCAUGUGGUACUGCGGCUCCUCCUACGCUACCAGGGCUGGCUGAGUGAGCCUCGGGGGACCCUGUCCUUGCCCACACGCUCCUGGCUGGCCCUGGUCAGGAUCUUCUCCGGCCGCCGCCCGACACUCUACACAUACCAACGCUCCCUGCCCCACCUACCCCUGCCCUCUACAGUGGGCACAGUGGCCAAGUACUUGGAGUCUGUGCGACCACUGCUGUCGGAUGAGGAUUUCCAGGCCCUGAGCAGCCAGGCCCAGGUGUUCCUCCACACAGAGGCCCCCCGGCUACAAUCUCUUCUGGGCCUCAAGGCCUGGUGGGCCGCCAACUAUGUGAGUGACUGGUGGGGAGAGUACGUCUACUUGCGGUCCCGAAGCCCCCUGCUGGGCAACAGCAACUUCUAUAUCUUGGACUUUCUGUCCGUGGCCCCCACUCCUCUUCAGGCUGCUAGAGCGGGGAACGCUGUGUACGCCAUGAUGAGAUUCCGGGAGCAGCUUGGUCGCGGGGAGAUCGAGCCCGCAACGCUGCUGGGGAUGCGCCCGCUGUGCUCAGCCCAGUACCGACAGAUGUUCAACACCACUCGGAUCCCUGGCGUCUCCGGUGACCGGCUGUAUCACGUCAGGGAUGGCUGCAGCCGCCACGUGGUUGUCCUGCACCGGGGCCGCUUCUUCCGCCUGGGGACCCAUGGGGGGCUAGGGGGCCACCUGCUGAGCCCCCGAGUGCUGGAGCAGCAGCUUCAGUACAUACUGGAUGACUCAGCCCCAGCCCAGCCCACAGAGGAGCACCUGGCUGCCCUGACGGCUGCCCCCAGGGCCCUAUGGGCUCAGGCUCGGGCCUCCCUGCAGGCAGGGGACAGGAGCUCCAAGGCCCCAUUGGAGGUGGUGGAAGGCGCUGCUUUCUUCGUAUGCCUAGAGGAGACCCCGGGCCCCUCGCGUACGUCCCCUGAGCUGGAUGAACGAGCACAGUCCGUGCUGGUGGGAACCGGCCACAGCAGGUGGUUGGACAAGUCUCUGAAUCUCGUGGUCUUUGCCAGUGGACACAUGGGGCUGAACGUGGAGCACUCCUGGGCCGACACGCCUGUCCCUUCGCACAUGUGGGAGGCUAUCCUGGCCGCUGAGUGCUUUGAGCUUGGCUACGCAGCUGAUGGGCAUUGCAGAGGGACUCCCAACCCCACAGUGGGACCACCGGAGCGGCUCCUGUGGAUGCUGCCUGAGGAGGUGGCCGCCUCCAUCCCCCUGGCUCUGCGGGAGGCCCAGGCCUUGGCUAGAGACACCGACUGCCACAUUCUCCCAUUCACCCACUUUGGGAGAGGUUUCACCCGGCGCUGCCGUAUCCCGGGAAGCAGCUUUGUGCAGCUGGCCUUGCAGCUGGCCAGAUUUCGGGACCAAGGCAGCUUCUGUCUGACCUAUGAGGCGUGUGUGACGAGAUCAUUUCACGAGGGCCGCACGGAGACCGUCCGGCCCUGCACAGUGGAAGCCUGUGCCUUUGUCAGAGCCAUGGAGGACCCAAGGCUGACGGAUGCCCAGCGCCUAGCCCUCUUCCAAGUGGCAGCAGAGAAGCACUGGGCACUGUGUCGGGCGGCCCUGACCGGUGAGGGCGUCGAUCGGCACCUAUUCUGCCUGUAUCUCGUCUCUCAGCUCCUCCGUCUCCCAUCCCCGUUCUUGACCCAGGUUCGGGCCGAGCGAUGGAAACUCUCCACCAGCCAGAGCGCAACGCACCAGCCGCAACUGUUUGAUCCAGCCAGUCACCCAGAUUAUGUUUGCUGUGGGGGCGGCUUUGGGCCUGCGGAUGACGAUGGCUACGGCGUCUCUUAUGUCUUCAUGGGGGAGAGCAUGGUCACCUUCCACAUCUCCUGCAGAGUCUCCAGCCCUGACACGGAUUCCCGGCGGUUUGGGCAGCAUAUUCAGGAUGCCAUGCUGGAUGUGGCCACACUCUUUGGCCUAGGUGCUGGGCCCAGCACAAGGGCCCGGCCAGGUGAGGCAGCCAGGGAGGCCUCCCGAGGGCCUGAGCCCCAGCAGGCACCCUCAGCUCCCCGUGAUCUGGAAUACUGAGGGAGCAGCUGCUCUUCACUGUGGGGGCCGGACAGACGGGCUCCUGGCAGGCCCCGGAGACGACUGAGAAGCAAAGCUGGCAUCAUGGCGUCUGGAAUGGUGGGGGCCACAAUCAUGAGCUGAGCCCAGCCUUACCUGCCAUCUGCUCAUUGUCAUCUGGUCCUGGUCCAGCUUCUUCUUCAUCCUUAACUGAUCUCAGCCCAUCCUCUUCCCAUGUCGUCAUCCCUAAUGUGAACUCUGAUUCUUCUGAUCGGCCCCCAUUCUGAUUGGCCCCCAUCCCACCACCAGCCACAGCCCAUCCACAGGCUGGAGUCAGCCACCACUUGACACUGUUCCGUAGGUGAGGGAACCCCAACCUUACUCCAUUCUAUAGGCUGGGAUCAACUCCAACCUUACUCCAUGCAUGGGCUAAGGUCAACCUCAAUUUUACCCCAUUUUAUAGGUUAAGGUCAACCUCAGUCUGACCCCAUUCCAUAGGAGAGAGUCAGCCUCAACCUUACUCCAUUCUAUAGACUAAGGUCAACCUCAUCCUUAUCCCAUUCGAUAGGCUGGGGUCAUCUCCAACCUUAUUCCAUGCAUAGGCUAAGGUCAACUCUAACCUUACCUCAUUCCAUACCAAUGCUGACUCCAUACCAUAGGUUAAGGUCAAUCUCAGUCUUACCCCAUUCCAUAAAUUAAGGUCGACUUCAACCGUACCCCAUUCCACAGGCUAAACCUCGCCCCAACCUUACCCUAUUCCAUAGGAUAAACCCAGCCUCAACUCCAGCCGAUCCAUAGGCUAAGCUCAGCUCCAGCGAUAGCCUUGAAUGUAAUCUGAUCUCAGCCCAAUCACAGGCCUUUCUCCAUUCCAAGCACUCCUGAGCCCAGGCCAGAGUCUUCAACAACACCCCAACUUCAAGUCUGUGUCAGCCCAUUCUAAAUGCCUACCUUCACCCUUCGCUCACCAUCAGCCCCAAUGUCAUCUGAAGCUGAGCCCCAAACUCAUUCCAGUGUCUGCUCGGAGUCAAAUUAAGUUCAUCUCAGCCUACCUAGGGGCCAACCUCAGCCCUAACUGCAUCAGAACAUCCAGUUACCUACAGCCCAGCUUCAACCCAACCCUUAACUGAAUUUGCCUAAGGAAGCCACUGUUAAGCACCCACUGUGUGCCAGGCAGUGUGUUUGAAGCUGGGAAAAUGGAGACCACAAUGAAAUAGUCCCUGCCCUCAAGGAGCUGACAUUUUACUGAGUGGAAAUAGACAGAAGAAGUAAAUACGAAGGGUUUUUGUUGUCUUGGGGUGGGUUGGGAGUGUUGACAACUGGAAAGGUCUGUUGUAGGAGGAGAGAUUUGACUGAAUCUUGAAUGGAGCUGAGGGUUUCAAGACGUGGAGGACAUUUUACACGUGGUGGAUGCUUGUCAAAGGAAUGGAGGUGUGGAUCAGUGGUUAGACCUCCAGACGUGGAGUCAAGAAGACCUCAGCUCCAAUCCUGGCCCACAGUAGCUGUGUGACCCUGGCCAGGUCACUUCACUUCUGUCUGCCUCAGUUUAAUUACCUGUAAAAUGGGAGUCAUAAUAGCACCUGUCUCCCAGGUUUGUUGGGAAGGUCUAAUGAGAUCUUUGUAAUGUGCUUUGCUAACCUUAAAGAGCAGUAUAGAUAAAUUCUAGCUGUUGUUCGAUGAAUAACCAACAGGCCAGUUUGGCCAGAAUUAGAAUGGAUGAUGUGAGAGGUGAUGGGAAGCUGGUCAGUAAAGAAAGACUUGGGUCAGAUUGUGAGAGGUUUGAAGGGCAUACAGGAAGGGGCAGUGAGGCGGUGCAGAGGAUAGAGCGGGUGAGAAAUGGGGAGUCCUCUUUUAUGUUUAAUGGCUAAUUAUUGUAUUAGUACCAAGGUUUUUCCCCUUUUCUCCUUCCUCAUCCAGAAACCAACCAGUGGGGAAAUCCGACAGUGAAAGAAAUUCCAGGUUUGGGGUAAUGGGUAUAUUCCUGCUCAUUGCCUUUGCCCAGACAGGUCUGGGGAAAGGUUGAUUCUCCCUGUUAUCGAGACAAGUGAUGUGGAAAUUGAAAAGCAUACAGGAAAGCUUGUAUUUAUUAGGGAGCCAAUUUAUGAGGGAGCUGAAGUAGUAAAACUGUAUGCAUACUUGAACUCAGGGCUUCUAGCAGUCUAUCCACUGUGUGCCCUAGCUCCCCCUACUUGCCUCAGUGACUGAGGAUGAAAGCUUUUGGAAAUUGUUGCCUGCAGAGAGAAGUAGCCCAGAAUGUUUUCCUUUUUAAAAUAAAUUUGUAUUGAUAGCUUUUGUUUUUA